AGGGGAGUGCAGAGAAUAAGACAAAAACACUGAGUCCUGCAGGGGAAGAGGGGAUGGGAAAGGAGCAGCAGGGAGGAAGGGAAACAAAGACAAAGCGCAAGGAGGCAGCAGAGAAAAUCCUGCAAGAAAAGGGGGGACUGUUUGGGAGGAAUGUGAGACGCAGGGGACCUUCAGCGGCAACACGUUCAGCCUGGGAAUAUGACACUCUGUUAGGGGGAAUGAUGGGGUUAACUGAGAUUUCUUAAAGGGGAACUACAUCCUAUUCGUUAUUGGGCAAGCAGAGCUUGUGGUUUGUAAUAGGACAGUUAAAAAGUGCAGUUAAUGUGUCCCACUGAGGGUGGAGUCCAUUUCAGGGGCCCUUCUGAGACACAUUUAGCCACUGGGCUAGAAAACCGGGCCCCUUAGUGCCAUGCCCAAAACACUUGCGUCUGGGACAAUGGAUUUGCUCUUCGCCUUUUUAUAGUUCACCCUUACACGGCUCAAUGCCAGGAGGCUUCCAGGAGAUGCCCAUCCACAUUUUGUUUUUGUGUCUCCUGAGUCCUGACGCUGGAACUUUUGACCCACGUGAAGGUAAAAGCUGACGCCGUUUGGACCCGCGCCCGAUUCGCUUUUGCUACAGGCACCACCCUCCCCACAAAGAACAGUAAAAAGGAUUUGAUUUCCAAAGAGAGAAUCGUUGAGCUGAAAUUAAGAAAAUGCUAAGGCGAAUUUUACCUGAUGGGAGAAGAGACAGUCAAUGGGAAGCCGUAUGUCAUGUAUGGGAAAAACUUACAGUGUCUCAGUAUUUUUCAUACAGGGAUCAAAGCCAAGUGGCCCUUGAUAAAAAUCUUCUCUCCGAGUGGUGUGUGGAAUGGGAGAAGUUUCAAUAUCUAGUAGAAGACCUACCAGGGUCGAAAAGAAGGAAAGCUAAAGUAUUUAAGGGAUUUCAUGUCAUCGCCAAGAAGACCUUGAAAUCUUUGGAAGAUUCUGAGACAAUGAACAAUAAGUUGACGCAAGCCAAUAAAGUGCUAGAAGAAAGGUUGCAGAGUGAAGAAAAGGCACGAAGCGCCAUAAAUAAAGAACUAAUGGAUUCCCAAGACGAACAAAUUCGCCUGGCUAAAUCCAUUGAUGUUCUCAAUGAAGAAUUAAAGAUUAUGCAACUAAAAGAACAGGAUUCACAAGCCAAGCAAAUGCGUUUGAUCCAGUCCAUGACAAACCUUGCUGAAGAACUAAGGACUAAGGAAGAAGUAGUUCAGGAUUCUCACACCACGCAAAUGUCUUUUGUCCAGUCUACCAGAAACCUUGUUGAGGAACUAAAGAUUAAAGUGAAAGAACUGCAAAAUUUCACAAAGCAGGUUGAACCAUUCAAGGGUGCGGUUGAAAACUGCAAAACAGGAAACGCUGAAGUUCUGGAAAUGGGAAAGAGAUUCCUAAAUGAGCUGGUGCGUCAGAGAAACGAUAAUGCCAACCGCUACCCGUCUUCCCUGAAGGCUGGUGGCAACCCCAACAAGGCCUUGCAAUUUCCUGAAGGGCCUCUUCACAGCUGGUACGAAAUGGACACCAUCGCUACAAAAAUGGGUCUGUUGACCUCGAACAAUAUCUUUGAUUGGCUAUAUAAGUGUGAGGAGCAAAUGAACGUGGAAAACUGGACAAUGAAAGAAGUAGAAAGGUUGUUGCACCGUUGCAUGGAACCCAACAAGUUCUCCGCUCUGGACAACAUGAUCGAUAUCGAUAACGCCCCGUGGCUGAAGGUCUGCCUGCAGGUUGUCCGUUGCCUGAGGCCCCAAAUCUCCAUUCAUGAAAUGUUUGCAAAAGAUAAAAUGAGAGAUAAAAUGAGAGAACAAGAGUCGGCAUUGGAAUUUUUCAAUCGUUUGUGGAUGAAAUAUCGGAUUCUCAAGCAAAGUGACAAUGUCUCCAGGAACGAUGUCGAAUACAAGCUAAUGAUCUUGGAAGGUCUGUUGCCCAAACUGAAGCAAGUAAAUCCAGACCAGGUUCAUCUUGAUUACUCCGUGCUACUCAAUAAGGUCCUUGCUGCUGAAGAUGCCUGGAGAACAUCUCAGGAGCUUUUGUAUCUGAAGAAGCCACCGCUCGGAUUCCCCUCCCGUAAUGAGAUUUGGAGGAGGCUAAAGAGGCAUGAAAACCCUCGACAAACAGUCAACUGGUUCCCCUACUGGAAUCUUUUGGUACGCCUGAGCCAUUACGAGGAUUUGUCAAAAAUAAAUGUCCUUGACUUUUAGUAGAGGAGCAACUUCCAGGCAUUUAAGAGACUCUUAGACCCACAACGGAUAUGGCCAGUGCUUAUUUGUUUAUUCUUCUUACUACAACAAAUGUCUCCAUUUACCAAAUACACGUGACAUUACUUCCACCGAUCUCCACCACCUCAUUAGUAUAACACAGCUUUCUGGUGUCAGUAUUUAUUAGAUGAACACUGAUGCGCAUUGUUUGACCUCAACGCGGAGAAACCCAAAUCUCCCCGUUUCUAUGACCCAUUCGGGAGGCAAAAAUGCCCCUCUUUGUGUCGAUGCAAAUGAAUUUCCCAGGCGGAACACUUGAGGAUGAGAAAUUCAUUGUGUUUGUGAUACAAAGAAUCAUUAACCUUCCAGCUACGCCGCAUCCAGAUAACAGAGGCGUUUAUAGCGCCAGGAAUUAUUUUUAGUUUAAAGCUGCGCUUAGAAAAAGAGAAAUGACACAAUGAUCUGGAAGAUGUGAGGGAAAAAUUAGAUAGUAAGCUCCACGGGGAAAUGAGCUGAUGUAAAUGGUUAAAGGGGAGAUAUGCCUACCAAAAGAACAAUGUGACAGUGCUCAGUUACAUUACAUUUGUAGUUUUACACUGCUAAUACCAUAAAUUUGUAAUAAGAGAACCCCCAGCUGGUUGGACAGCCAGAAUGCUGCUCUGUCUCAGUUCUAUCAGCAGUCUCAAACUGGGGGGCACAGGGCCCCCUACACCAUCCCCCAGCCACAAAGCCCCCUCUCAACCCGCCAGUCACCCCAUUCAAGCCGCAAACUAUGAAAAAGGAAAUUGAAAAUAUCAGGUAAAUUUUGCAAAAGUUUCAUAGCGACUGAGCAGAGAAGCAUCAAGAGGUGCCUCCUAUAAUAAGUAACUGGCAUUUUAUCUGGCCAGGACAGCAGAGGGCGCCUCUUGUUACAGAUUCAUGACUCGUAUUUGGCUUAUGUGACAUUGAAUGUGGCCCCCUGAACUCUCUGCUCACAACAGAUCUCGGUUUAGGAGCUCAGCUAAGGAUCAUGGGUAUUGUAGUUCCGUAGCAGCUAGUAGGGUAGGCAGCAAUAUGCCUGAUGCACAGCUUUGCAAUGUACUUCAGUGCUUUUCAUUUAUACAAAUAAUAAAGAUAUUCUUGUUUA